CGCGUCUGUUAUCUUAUAUGAGAUCGCCAGUUCCGGAUCUGUUACUUAUGGUAGAGUUCUAAACAUUAACAACUAGAAAACCGGUAAUCCAGAUAACCAAUUCUCGGUUAUUAUCCAUCACUAAUCUUUCCCCACCUUGGACCGUUUCCUCUGCGGCAUCUUCGUCAUCUCAACCCUCAUAUUUCACAGCGUUCGUGAUCAAGAUUAACCGUCAUGUCUACCACCGUAAUUGAGACCACAGCCCCAGUCUCGGCGUUCACAACGGUCCAACUGAUGACACCAAAUGGACCUGUCUCCCGCCGUGUGCGCUGUGGGGCUCCCCGCACUCCAACCAUUGAUGAAAUGCCCGUCAUCGACCUCAGCUCCCUCGAUGGAGAUGCGACUGUGCGCAAGGCCAUCGCAACCAAGAUCAAAGCGGCUGCAGAGAACACGGGGUUCUUCUACGUCUGCAAUCAUGGUAUUCCCCAGGGAUUGAUUGAGCAGGCUCUCGAACAGGUCAAGGCCUUCUUUAACCAGGAGCAGCAAGACAAGGAUCGUGUUUCGUUUGAGAAGGCGGGCAAGUUCUGUGGUUAUCACGGUGUAGGAAGCACGCAGAUCAACAAUCAGGAGACUAGAGACAAGAAGGAAACUUUCUCUAUGCGAUAUGAUACUCGCAUCGACCCAUCACACGAUUGUGUCGAUGAUAUCAACUCCAACUUCGCUUCCACAGAUUAUGUCUGGGACGGGACAAGCCAUCUCACGAAAUUCCGCCCUGUACUCACCGAGUUCUACCAAAAGCGGCUAACCCUAGCCCGCAAACUCAUUCGCUUGUUCGCCCUCGCUCUCGAUCUACCCGAGGACUACUUUGACUCCAUCAUCACUACUCCCGGCGCUGACGCAGUGCACAUUCACUACCCCGGUACUGACGGCAACACCGAGGAUGUCGACGUCGGGAUCGGCUCGCACACAGACAUCCAGUGCGUGACUCUGCUCUGGCAAGACAUGUCUGGUGGUCUGCAGGUUCUCUCGGCAGAUGAUGAGUGGCUCGACGCCCGACCGAUUGAGGGGACGCUUGUCAUCAACAUUGGUGACUUUCUGCAGAGGCUCUCGAACAAUCGGUUCAAGUCGACGGUUCAUCGGGUGUACAAUAGGCAAAAGACAUCUCGCUAUGCUAUGCCCUUCUUCUUGGGGUUUAACCCGGAUGCAGUCUGCGAGGUAGUGCCGACGUGUGUUGACGAGGAGCACCCUCCACUCUAUGAGCCGAUUUCGUGCGGCAAGUGGCGUGAUUCUCGUCUCAAGCUAGCAGAAAGUCCAGAUAAAAAGGCGGUUUAAUGCAACAGCUAUAAAGAAUCGGGAGCCGACAGAAAUAUUUCGGAUAG